AUGUACCCGCUUGUGAAGGCCCAAGCAGGUGUUUUCGGCAUGGCAGGCAGUUUCAUUGGGAGAAUCUGGCCUUACGCACAAUGGAAGAUUACUACCGCCGACCGCUACGCAGGACAUUUCAAGGCCAAAAACAAAAUUUCCCAAUUCUGUUUAUCAACGGGAAAUAUGACACCUGUACGCCAUUUAGCUCCGCGCAGUCUGCCAGCGAAUGCUGCUCACCCGUGCUGGACAUGGCAUAAAUUCUUCCGUCAUCCUAGUACCUGUACGGCGAAGGCCGUAAGGUCAGAUUUUGUCGACGGGAAGUUGCCCAAGAAGAGGACGGUUUAUAGAGCUGAUCUAGGGGCGUUUGAAGUUUUAGGGUUUGGCGGUGUGGGCGCAGGUAGCCAUUUGGAAGACGAGUUAUGA